AUGGCAGCUUUCCACCACCAUCCGAGCGCUGACCUGCGGCGGCUCUUUCAUCGGCUCACCAUCGCGUCCUCUCUGAGCAUCCUCUGCUUCUCCUUGGUUUAUCUCCUCACCGGAUGCUGUGAAUCGGAGCUGACAGAAAACUCUGAGAUAAAGGCACCCACACGCGAGUUCCUCGUGUCAGGGGCAGGAUGGCCGUACGGGAGAAACGGAACCAGCGUUAUCAAGGAGGUCACCACCACGACUGGCGAAGUCGCGUUCAGCGGUCUCCCCGGGCUGGAGUCGAACAGCUCAGGGAAAGAAUGGACAGCCGCUCGGAGGUUACCGCAGGCCCUGAUUAUAGGGGUUAAAAAGGGAGGUACCCGGGCUCUACUGGAGUUUCUACGGCUCCACCCGGACAUCCGUGCCUUGGGGUCAGAGCCGCACUUCUUCGACCGGCAUUACGCACGGGGGCUAGACUGGUACAGAAGUAUGAUGCCCAAAGCCCUGGACGGUCAGAUUGUUAUGGAAAAGACGCCUCGCUACUUUGUUACCCAGGAAACGCCAGCACGUGUCCAUGCCAUGUCACAGGAUGUGAAGCUGAUUGUGGUCGUCCGUGACCCUGUGUCCAGAGCCAUAUCUGAUUACACACAGAUCAUCUCCAAGACCCCCGACAUCCCUCCCUUUGAGAGCCUGGCCUUCAAGAACCGCACAACAGGUCAAAUUGACUCUCUGUGGAGCCCGCUGUGGAUUGGCCUGUACGCCCAGCACUUGGAGCGCUGGCUGUCCUGGUUCCCCAGGAGUCAGAUUCAUCUGGUCAGCGGGGAGAGGCUCAUUUCCGACCCAGCUGGAGAACUGGGCAAAGUCCAGGACUUUCUAGGUCUCCAGAGAAUUGUCACAGACAAGCACUUCUACUUCAACAAAACAAAAGUUCCCUGCCUGAAGAAGCCAGAGGGCAGCAGUAAACCUCACUGCCUUGGGAAAACAAAAGGGAGGACGCAUGCCUCCAUCAACCCAGAGGUGAUGCAGAGACUGAGGGAUUUCUACAAGCCGCAUAACCAGCGCUUCUAUCAACUGGCGGGCCAGGACUUUGGAUGGCAGUGA